AUGCCAACUUCAGAACACGACGAGUCGGCCGCACCUGAGACCUCAGAAAAUAGUGAUCAUGUUAAACAUUUGAAUAUUAAAGUAACUGACAAUAACAAUGAGGUUUUCUUCAAGAUCAAAAGUACAACUCCCUUGAAGAAACUAAUGGAUGCAUUUUGCGAAAGACAGGGCAAGUCCCCUGCUUCAGUAAGGUUUCUCCAUGAAGGAAGUCGUGUUCAACCAACAGAUUGCCCAGAAUCAAUAAAUAUUGAAGACGGAGAUACGUUAGAAGUACAUCAGGAACAAAUCGGUGGCGCAUCCUCAUCGAACUGA